AUGGAUCAGUGUUCAUCAAGUAACGUGAUUCAUAAUACAGCUUCCGCAGACACGCGCCUACAUUUGGCGACAGGUGGUGAGUGUGUUAAUUCGUUACCAUUUGGUAACGACACUCUCUCUGGUUCUUCAUCUGGUGUCACUCUUCCUCCAACAACGCAAUCUUCUGGACCUAGGACUUCUGAUGCAUUUAAUCAUCGCCCAGUUCAUUCAGCUGUUCGUAAUAGAUGUACGUUAGUUCCCCGUCCCACACCACUAUCAAAAGUAUGCACCCAACCGGAAACCGGUGUAUUGCUGAAUUCACAGCCACCAAUGGUAAACACUUGUUCCCAACAAUUAGGAAGUAAUAUGCAAAAUCCAGUUGUAUCUACAGUCGAUCCGAACAGAUUACCGUCAUCGGCGAUUCAAUGUGAAAAUGAGGCAAAUAUUCGAUUAGAAAACUCACUACCCAAUUCGCUACUUAAUUCGACUUCAAGAAAAGGUUUAUAUAUUUGCCUGUGUUGCCGAUCGACAUUUACAAGUAGUGCUUUGUAUGAAGACCAUCUGGAUCGUGCCGUUGCUCGAAUAUUGUAUCGUUGUCAUAUCUGUCGUGGUUCUUGGACGACUUCACGUGAGGCGGUCAGUAUCGCUGAUAAUCAUGAGAGCGAAACAUGCUCACGGUUUUAUUCUGUUCUACCGGGUGGAAUUAUCAGCGCUAAUAAUAAAUGCGCUAUAUUUACUCACUUGGUAUCUGCACACCCGGAUAAAAGAAGUGAUUGGAUUCUACGACCAUCACUUCUUACAAUUUGUCCGUUGGUUAUGCCAACCACAUUUUUAAAUUUAGCAGCACAGACCGCCUCCACUACUACUGAUAUCCAAUCUUUUGAUGUAUCGAAUGAGCAGCAAGCGCCUACACGUCUAACAUCCAAUCAACUUGUCAAAACUCAUUUGAUGAAUGAUUUAUGUAAAUCAAGAGUUUGGAGUGAUCUUCAACAUAGUCUUAGCUUUAGCAAUAUAUCUACCCUCGGGAGUCUCGACUUUCUCCAGCCAUCAUCAUCCUGUAAACAAGUUUCCUCCAAUCGUGUAGGCAGAUUAACUCGAACAUGUAACGACAUUGUUGUCGAGAGGUUCUCUUCUUUAAAGCGUAUUUUCACUCCGAGUAGCAACAACAGUGAAAGCAAUUUACCUAGCCUGCCUUGUUCAGAUAGUGUCUUAUAUCGUUUAAUUCUGAAUUCUGCCACUAGCGAAAUUUGGCAUUCACACCUUUUUCUACCAGAAUGGUGUAGUGAUGAAAUCAGAACAAUUGGUACUCCUGCUAGAACAACAGCGAGAGCAACAACGAAAACAGUAAAUCGUCAAGAUGAAAAUAAUCCGGUUACUAUUCAAACUAAUAAUAAUAAUAAUGAUGAUGAUAAUGAUGACAAUGUGGAAAAUGGUCAAACCAAUUACUGUGAUAACAGUGUGAAUGUUGGCGAUAGUUACAGUGCAAUGAGUAGAAAACUUUGCUAUACCUGUCUACCUCCAUCUGCUCCAUCCAAUGCUCAUCUAAAUUUGGCUUUAAACGUGAUAUUGUCUUGGUAUCGUUCACCACAGUCUUCAACUCCAUCAUCAUCAUUAUCGCAACAACAACAACAACCAUUCUGUGUGUUACGUUGUCUCUUAUGCAAAUUUAAAACAAAUGAUAAACAACAGCUUAAAAUGCAUCUUAUGGGUAGUGGUCGAACUGUGCUCAAUACAAAAUGUGGCCUAUGUGGUCAGCUAUUGAGUAUAGAAAACCCAGAUAUGUGUAUGAUUAAGGCUCACUUAUUGUUACACUUGGGAUGUCAUAUAAUGUGUCCUCAGUGUGGAUUUACGAAACAAUUACAAUCUAUUGUUGGUAUAAGUAUCGAUAAUAGUCAGCAGCAGCAGCAGCAGCAGAGUACAAGUUUCACCAUUGAAACAUCUUCAUUUGAAGAAUUAACAAAUCAUAUGAAAGUUAUUCAUGGUGCUAAUACGCCACCUGGUGCUAUGAAUUCUUCGACUUCUACUGUUCAUCCUAUAUCUGGAUUUUAA